AGUUUGGACCACUCGCAAGUCACAACCUUUUCUUCUCCAAAGUCCCAACUUAGAACCCCGGAAUAAUGGGGUCACUGGGUGGUGGUGGCUUUGGCCAUAAUGGAAUUUGGGGAAUGCGCCCUUUUGAUUCUCAAAAUGGAGACAAAGGAAGAAGGAAAUCACCCAAAUCAUCAGGAUCAUCUCCGGCUUCCCCAGAAGCCGGUGGUCGUUUCCCUGUGAAACAAGCAGCGACGGCCGCUGCUCUUGCCCUAACCGGUGACACUAUUGCUCAGGUUCGCGAGAGAUGGGUCAAAAAUAAAGCUCUCCAAAAUCAACAUCCUUCCGAUUCUCAUGAGGAUUUGACAUGGAGUCUUAUGGACCAUAAUUGGCUUCGAGCUCUCAGAAUGGCGUCUUAUGGGUUCCUUCUUUAUGGACCUGGCUCUUAUGUCUGGUACCAGUAUCUUGAUCGUUGCAUGCCAAAACAAACAGCACAGAAUGUAGUAAUAAAGGUAGUAUUGAAUCAAAUUGUCCUUGGUCCAUGUGUAAUUGCUGUUGUGUUUGCAUGGAAUAAUCUGUGGCUAGGGAAACUUGCAGAGCUUCCAAAUAAGUAUCAGAAAGACGCUCUUAAAACAUUACUUUUUGGAUUCAGAUUCUGGAUUCCUGUCAGCGUGAUUAAUUUCUGGGCGAUUCCUCUUCAAGCACGUGUUGCUUUCAUGUCCAUGAAUUCCAUAUUCUGGAAUUUCUACUUGUCUUCGACUAUGAGCAAGUGAACUUCUGCCCCUUUUAUUUUAUUUUUUAUUUUUUAAUUUCCCUUGGAGACAUGUUUUUUGUAAGCACGUGAUUGGGCCAUUUUUGAAGCAAGGUAACUUUGAUAUUCCGGAU